AUGAUCCUGUCCAGCUUCAGCGAAAUCUGGCUGAUUCGGUCCGUAUCAGGACAUCGACUCAAUAACGACAUCGAAAAGGUGCACGCCGAAUACGGACCUGUCGUUCGUAUCGGCCCCAACGAACUUUCGUUUGCCACAGAAGAUGCGCUCAAGACUAUUCACAACCCUGGCCCCGACGGUGGUCACUUUACGAAGCAGGGGACUAUUGAAUCUCUGCUGGCCAAACUCAUUUGGGCAGCUCCAAAUCUUUUGACCACCACCGAUCGAACUGCACACAAGAGACUGCGUACCGCAUUACAGCCAGCCUUCACAGCCAAGGCGUUGAUGGAGCAGGAAGAUAUCGUUCAGCACCACGUGAAUCGGGCCGUCGAGUCUCUAGGUUCAAAACUUCAUGAGGGCAAGAUUGUGAGUAUCAGUGAUCAUGUUAGAAAGAUGAUUUGGAGCAUCGUUGGAGACUUGUCUUUCGGAGAGCCGCUCCUCCAUGAUCAAAUGAGCACGUACGAAAAAAUGAAAUACACUUAUGGGAAAGGAGCGCCACUCCUAGAACUCUUUCAAUUUCUGACAGAAACGCCCAUCUUCGGUGGGCUCGCAAAGCUACCGGUCAUGAUAGUUCCACACAUUUUCCGCGUCCCCAAAAAUUUCCUUCUGAUGAAUCAACUCAGAGGCUGCAUCGAGCGCCAAGGAGGGCGCAAAGACUUUUUGACCGCCAUCUUAUCCGCCAAAGAAUCUGCCGGAUUGACUCAGCCGGAGAUGUUGAGUAAUUCGGCCUUAUUCGCCAUGGUUGGUUACGAUACUUCCGCUACAACUCUAUCAGCAGUCUUUUACCACGUGUUGCGGGACCCAGACCACUACCAGCGGAUUCAGCGUAAGCUCGAGUAUUGGGCUCUCGCUGACAAGUUCUGGCCUGACCGCUGGCUUGGCAAUGGUCCGGGCACCGUCUUUGAGUACGAUGUCCGGACCAGCUACCGGCCAUUCCUCGUUGGACCCCGAGUGUGCAUUGGUCGCGAGAUGGCUUUGCAGUCCAUCCGUCUAACUGUAGCCAAAGUAGCAUUUUCGUUUGAUUUAGGAAUGGCUAACAAGGAUACUUUCGUGUGGGAGAGAGAUGCAGGCAAUGAUUAUGUCUGGCAUGACUAUCAUGUCUUGGUGAGGAAGAGGGCACACCAAGAGUUUCAAAAAUAG